AACCAUAGCCCAUUAAUGAGUUUUGGAGCCAGUUUUGUCAGUUUUUUGAAUGCCAUGAUGACAUUUGAAGAAGAGAAAAUGCAACUGGCCUGUGAUGACUUAAAGGCUACAGAGAAACUAUGUGAAAGUGAAGAAGCUGGAGUUAUAGAAACAAUCAAGAAUAAAAUUAAAAAGAAUGUUGAUGGACGAAAAUCCACUCUUUCCAUGAUAGAUCGUCUACAAAGACAAAUAAUCAUAGCAGACUGUCAAGUCUACUUGGCUGUGCUCUCAUUUGUAAAACAAGAGUUAUCAGCAUACAUAAAAGGUGGGUGGAUACUCCGAAAAGCCUGGAAAAUUUACAAUAAGUGCUAUACGGACAUUAAUACACUUCAGGAAAUAUAUCAGAAGAAAACAACUCAGGAAUCCUUGACUUCUGAUGCUGCAAAUGAUAAUCAUAUUGCUGCAGAAGGUGUAACGGAGGAUUCGCUAAACAGACUGAAAGGUGCUGUUAGCUUUGGAUAUGGACUUUUUCAUCUUUGCAUAUCCAUGGUGCCCCCAAACCUGCUCAAAAUCAUCAACCUGCUGGGUUUUCCUGGAGACCGCCUACAGGGGCUUUCUUCACUGAUGUAUGCAAGUGAAAGUAAGGACAUGAAGGCCCCUUUAGCUACAUUAGCUCUGUUGUGGUACCAUACAGUUGUUCGUCCCUUUUUUGCCCUUGAUGGCAGCGAUAACAAGGCAGGAUUGAAAGAGGCAAAAGAAAUUCUUGCAAAAAAAGAGUCUGCUUAUCCAAAUUCUUCUCUGUUCAUGUUCUUCAAGGGAAGGAUACAGCGAUUAGAGUGUCAAAUCAAUAGUGCCUUGACCUCAUUUCAUACCGCUUUGGAACUUGCAACAGACCAAAGGGAGAUUCAGCAUGUCUGCUUAUACGAAAUAGGUUGGUGCAGCAUGAUAGAGAUGAAUUUCAAAGAUGCGUUUGAAUCCUUUGAAAGACUUAAAAAUGAAUCCAGGUGGUCCCAGUGCUACUAUGCUUAUUUAACAGCAGUGUGUCAAGGAGCCACCGGUGAUGUCAGUGGUGCUCAGAAUGUGUUCAAGGAAGUUCAGAAGCUUUUCAAAAGAAAAAACAAUCAGAUUGAACAAUUUUCCGUGAAAAAGGCAGAUAGAUUUAGAAAACAAAUGCCGACCAAAGAGCUCUGUGUCCUGGCAUCCAUUGAAGUAUUGUACUUAUGGAAAGCCCUUCCAAACUGUUCUCUCUCAAAUUUACAGCAUAUGAGCCAAGCUUGUCAGGAUGUUGAUGAUUCAUCAGCUGUUGGCUUGAGGAAUUUGCUUCUUGGUGCCAUACACAAAUGCUUAGGAAAUUCUGAAGAUGCUGUUCAGUUCUUUCAACGAGCUGCUAAAGAUGAGCUGUGCCGUCAGAACAACUUGUAUGUCCAGCCGUAUGCUUGCUAUGAACUUGGCUGUCUUCUAUUAGACAAUCCAGAGACUGUACCGAGAGGCAAAACCUUACUUCUCCAAGCCAAGGAGGAAUUUACUGGCUAUGACUUUGAGAACAGAUUGCACGUCCGCAUACACGCAGCCUUAGCCUCUCUAAGGGAAGUAGUUCCACAGUGACGGACAGUCUUGUUAUCCUUUCCCACAGUUUCUGCACUUUAAGAUGAAGCAGAAGAAAAAGCUGUUGGGGAAGAUCAGCUUUUCUUCUGAAAACCAUUUGUGCCAGAGACACUUUCCUAGUAUGGUCAGAGUUGGCAUGGCUUAGGAAAACAUUACAAUUUUAAUUAAAAGUAAAUCAGCCAGGAAGAAGGUUAAGUGACCUUGUGUUUUUAACUCUUCAGUUUUUAUUUUGUUUAAACCAAGCUGAACACAAUUGCUUGUAACUCUGUGGGUGAGCUUAAACAAGCACACGUGAUUUAUUUCAACAAUAUUGGCAGGUGUGAUUUUUACCUUUUAAAAUAGAUCUAGAUCUAAAAUAUGCCAAGAGGGGUGCUUCUGUCUUGAUUAGAAUAAUACAAUAAAAGCAAUUGGUGUAAAUGUUGAAGUUUGGAACAGUUAGAACACUUCUUUUUUUUUUUUCAAGCACUAGCCAAUACACAGGAGGAGGAAAACUGUUCAGCCACAAAAAGCAGAUCUUACUAAAUUUUAGUGACUUAUGUCAGUGUCUUCAUGAUGACUAACUUCACAUUCCCUUCCCUUCUUCAUUUCUCCCCUCCCAACCCAGCACAUACUUGUGAUACAAAUUAUGUCAGUAUUUAGAAUCUCUGCUUCUGGUACAUUCCAGCCAAACACUUACUUUGUUUGACAUACAGUUCCAAUGUGGGCAGUUCAUAUUUCUGCUCUUAAUAUUCUGAAUAUUAAGUUAAAAUACAUAGGCCAGAUACAGUAAUUUCACAAUUUUUGAUUCAUGCUGCUGAAUCUUUAUAGCAGUGACCUUUAAAGGUAUUGAAAAAAACAACCAAACAAGGUAAAACCAAAAAUCUAACUUUGGUAGUUAUACCAAUACUACAAUACCCUAAGUAUCUAUAUGGUAUUCCAAACCUGUGGUGUUAAGAUACUGAAAUACCUCAGAGAGCUUAAAACUUUUAUCAUGACCAUAUAAUUUUUAGUACUUGGCCAUCUGUGUGCUCAUCUGUAGCUUUUUUAGUUUUGUCUUGUACUAUGUAGUAUCUCCUCAUGUUUUAUAUUCAGUUAAUAUCAUAUUCUAGGAAGGUACAUAUUUUUUUAAAGUAUCUUAUGAAUGGAAAUCUGACCAGAAAGUUAGUUGAAUUAUGUUACUUUGCAAAGCUAAGAAAACUGGAUAUCCUUGGAAAUCGUUAUCCAAAAGCCUUAUCUUUACUUUGGUCAGGUUGCCUUAAACAGUUCCUUAGCUUAAACUUUUUUUUCCCCUUACCUUUUUGUAGAGUAUGUUGCCAAAGUUUUAGAUGUUGCCCACACCUAACCUUCAUUGAUUUGCUUUUGAGGUUGCAUCUAAAGCAAGACUGAUAUGGAGGAGAAAAGUAAUAUCCUAUUUGGUAGGACAAAUGAAACCGUUGAGACACUUCUAUUUCUCUCUAGAAAUACACAGUUCCUGCAAUGAAGGGCAUUCCUAGAGCAGUUAAACACUUCUGUUGCAGUCCCUGAAGGAGAGGAGAGGCUUUUAAUUCUUAAAGCGGUUUUAUUUUUCUAUAAUAUAGGUGUGUUACAGAUAGUAUGCUGGGUUUUUUUUAAUUCAACUUUGACAGUAAUAUUGAGUCGUAAAUCAGUAUUCAACCUUAUUUGGUCAGUCCAAAUAGGUAUUGACUAGUAAACAAUAUAUUGUGUAUAUAUAGUGACUACU